AUGAACAGUCUUGGAUGCCUGAAAAUAAUGAAUGAGCUCAAGUCGAAAGCCUCAACCUAUGAACCCUCUCCUGAAGGUCACUGGUCCAAGAACUUUGCUGCUCUCUCAAUACAUCGUCGUAAGGACUGGGCCGUUACAGUCAAAGGUUUCAACAGGUUUGUCUGGGACUUUGAGGGCUCCACAAAGAAGAAAACACCAGAAAAUGCCUUUGGUACCUAUCAAAGCCAUGGUUCAAUGUUGAUAGCAAAUAGUGAAGAGGCGCUAAAAGCUCACGAUAUAGAUAACGGAUGGGACUGGACAAAGGUUCCUGGAGCAACGACGAUGACUUUGACACUAUCGCAAAUAAGGCUCAAAAAGGCACGAAAUUUUAGUCCACUUUCCUAUGCUGGCGGAGUUACCUAUAAAGGACCACAGCCUUUAUCCAGCGGAGUAUUUGGAAUGGACUUUCAUCAACCAGAAUAUCAAUUUUUUGACGAGGAUCAUCCGCAUCCUAAAGUUAAGCUUCACUUUAAGAAAUCUGUCUUCUUUUUCCAAAAUGUUUUAGUUUGUCUUGGAAGCAACAUUAAAAUAGAUAAUAGCGGAACAGCAACUAAGGCGCGAACGACACUGUUUCAAGACAAACUGGUUAGAGGUGCAUCUAAAUUUUCCAUCAAAAUGGAUGGCGUGACCAAAGACAGCUCAGAUCUAUUCGAAGCUGUAAACCCCCUUUCUAAAAACAAGAAAGAUGGCUAUACUACUUUAGUCGACACCAAAGGCAACAGUUAUUACAUUCCAAGAUCGAGUGCAUCUGAUCUCAAGGUACAUGUCCAGAUUCAAAAUUCGCAAACUGUAGCUGCUGUCUGCUCCAGCGGUAUUUAUGCAACAGCCUGGCUAGAGCAUAAUUCCACGAAUGCCAAGUACGAGUACGCUAUAUUUGUAAAAACAGACUCUUACAGAAGCACUGCCACCGCUAACUGGGAUCGCCUACACAUGAAUUCAAAUCGGGUGCUGUACUCGGUUCUGCAACAAGACGAUAAGGCACACGUGGUACAAUUUGGUAUAUCACCACAACGUAAUGCCAUCAUAACACCAUUGUACGGUUACGUAAUCUUUGAUGCCACGUCAAAACUCCCCAAGGGUGGUUUAAUCACAAAAGUGACCAAGCAAUGUCGCAUCAUGGUCGAGCAGAAUUCCCGAUCCGUCUUUUUAAGCAUCAGCUACCCUGACUUGAAUUUCAAUGUCGACGGGGAGCUGAAAACGUCAGGCGACGUCAAUAAGGAGGAACUCUAUGAGCUAGAAAGUCGGGAGGUGGAAAUUGAGGUCACCUUGUCAGUGGAUGUGAAAACAACCCUCUCUGAUUCAGCGGUUAUCGUACAUGGAUCUCCUGCCGGGUAUCAACCGAGGGUUGAAGUAAAGCGUCUGGCUUCCUCCCCUCCCCCAGGAAAAGGAAAGAUAAUUGUCUUUAAAAAUCUCAAGAAUGGAUUCAGCGUUGAAGUGAAAUUGGAGAAAUAACCUGAUAUGGUCUAAAAAGACUUCCAAAAGAUUGCCUUGGUCACAAUUGGUUUGUUUACUUGCUCAUACACUCAUAUAUAUCCUUGCUCUUUAUAUUCAUGCUAUAGAGAAUUAAUUUAGUUCAAUGACGAUCGCCACAUAUUGAUCCGGAUUGAAGUAAUUGUAUUAAGAAUUACGUGGAUACGUAAUCUCACAUUGUAAAUAAUAAACGGAGCGGUCUGAAAA